ACGCGAGCAUAAAUAUUCAUAAAAUAAGUAUGGCAGCAUUAACAAACGUUGAUCAAGAUCAGCAAGUACUGUCUUCCUGUUUAAACGACUGCAAUAUCACGUCACCAAAUGAAGGACAAUAUUUAUUCGACUUCACAAAACAUGACGAUGUAUACGACUGGCAAGAACAAUCGGACACAGUUCGAAGUGUGGGGAUGUCUAAGGCUGUUUUUGUAUUACACCAGAAUACUCAGUUUAGAAGAGCUAUAUUUUUCGCACUGUUGAAUCCUCAAUUAAAUGGAGCUGGAUUUGCUGGAAUACGUGCCCUUGGAUUUUAUGAUCUUUCUGGCCAUACUAAACUUCAAAUCAUGUGUCGGGGUCAAGGACAGUUUAAUGGAUUUAAAAUAGUCCUGAGGCAUAAAGAUUUAAACGAUGAGCCUAAUUAUUCAUUUGAACAAUAUUUCCAGGCGCCCAAAGAUGAAUUUGCUGUGCGCAGUCUACCGUUUUCAGAAUUCAAAGCAUAUUACAGAGGUAAAAGAGUGAACAACAACGAGACCCUCGAUGUGUCACAAAUAACAAGUAUUGGCAUUCAAAUGUAUGGAGGUGUUUACCAACCGGUCAAACAAAAAGGUCCGGCUACUUUAGAAGUGGAUUGGAUAAGAGCUGUUUAAUAAAAAAAUAUUAUGGGGUCAA